AUGCCUUGUCGGGUGCUCCGUCGGGACAGCAGCCGACAUUGGGCCCGCACAGCGUUCCGGCGGUCACGACAUGGGAAGGUGCGCCUGGCCUUGCGCCGCCUCCGGCCGCAAUCGGCGCCUGAUAAUGACGGCAUUUCUCCCCGCCUCCUCCAAAGGACGAGUGAGGUCCUUGCGCCGCGGCUGGCGAAGGCCUACACGGCCAUCCUCCGGGAUCCCGCCUCCACCCCGGUGUCGUGGAAGCGCUGCACCUUCAUUCCGCUUCUCAAGCCUGGGAAAGCGCCGGAGUUGGCGACGAGUUACCGCCCGGUCUGCAUCACCUCCCUGCUCUCCCGGGUCUGUGAACGCGUGGUCCUUGACCGUGUUCUCAUGGCCACGCACGGCCAACUGGAUGGCGCCCAGUAUGGCUUUACUCCGUCCCGCACGACGAUGGACGCCCUCAUGCGGAUCCUGGCCCCGGUGCGUCAUGGUUUGGACACCAGCGCCACUCGGCGUAACGUCACCACCUCGGGGCCCCCGAGCGCGAGCCGUCGGGUACGCCAGGGGAGCAUACUGGGUCUCCUGGUAUUCUCGGAUGCCUUCUGCAAGGCCUCCCACGGCCACAUCAUGGACCGGCUGCGAGCUCUGGGCGUCCCGACGUAUCUGCAGCGGUUCAUCCUUGCAUGGCUGACUGACAGGCGCGGGCGCACCUUUUUCUCUGGGACGCUACUCGGCCCGGGCGCCGCUGCCGUGUGGCGUGCCCCAAGGCUCCGUACUGGGACCGUGGCUGUUUGCGGCCUUUCUCGAUGGCCUCCUGUGCAGCUUUCAUCAACAGCACAUCUCGAGGGCAACAAUUGCCGCUCCGGUCCGGCACCUUCCGGCGACGUAUCACACUAUCACGGCGGAUAUUGUGGCCUACGCGGAUGA